AUGCGGCUGUGGUCGGCUGUGCCGCGGGUGAGUGUGCCCCUGGGAAAGCCCGCGCCCCUGUUGUUGCGGCGCGGUGCGCACUUUGACUCCAAUGCGUUUGUACAGAGGCUCGAGCACGCUGGCAUUACGCGGCAACAAGCGGAUGUACUCGUGACAGCGCUGACAGAUGUGAUCAACGAGAGCAUUGAAAAUUUCGCUCAAAGUCUUGUGCGGCGCAAUGAAGCGGAAAAGCAUAGCUAUACACAAAAGGUCGACUUUGCGAAGCUCAAGUCCGAGAUUCAGUUGCUGGAGCGCAGUGACUUUGUGCUGAUGAAGUCGGAGAAUGAGCGGCUCAUGGCAGACACGGAAAAGAUCAAGCAGCGGCUACGUGAGGAGAUUGCGCGCACGAUGGCUGGCGUGCGUCUGGACCUGAAUCUUGAGAAAGGCCGCAUCCGUGACGAGUCCUCGGUCCACGCCCUCAAAAUCAAGGAGGUCGAUACGCGCAUUGAGUCGGAGAUUGCGGGCGUGCGCACAAGUAUCCAGAGCGCCAAGUUCAAUGUGCUGCAGUACCUCGUGGGUGUGGCUACGGGUGCGGGUGCCUUGCUCUUGGCCUAUCUCCGCAUGUUCCGAUAG